CACAAAUAUGUCGACUUCACAAUGCUAAGCGAAUGAAAUGGCUAAUAAGGAUGAAGCAUUUCUCACAGUUGUUACGCUUCACGUCGUAGGAGUUCUGCUAUGUUUGCCGUUUUCUCACACUCAAAAUAUUCUCGUUUUCCAGCCAUCUUUUCUGAUUUCAACGGGACCGGUGAUCGAUGCCUUUCUGCUCGGAAACUCUUCGGAUGUCUCUCUGAAUCUGAGGAAAGUUUCUCCCUCCAACACUACAGGAAACAUUGGAUCUCCAUCAUGUGUUCCCGAAACAACGCAGUGGGGGCUCACAUGGGAGGUUCUGGGAAAGACUGCAGUUGGAGUACAGCUGAAACUGAAUCAAAGUCUGCGUCUGUGUGGCGAGAAUGACACCAAUACUGACUGCUGUGCAAAGCCGCUGUGUGUCCUGGAAGCUCUUCAGUUGUCUGCCUGUGUGGAUGGGACACCCUGGGCAUCGCUGCUGAUCCAGGUCAAGAUACAUGCACAGCUCGUCCCUGCUAACAACGGAUCUGAUAACAAAACAGUCAUUCCAAACCAGGUUUAUGAACCUUUGGGCACUUGUCCCUGUGACCUGACGUUGAGAGUCUGUGAUGUUCGCUGCUGCUGUGACAAGGACUGCUCUGAUGAAGAUUUGAAGCUGUUUGCUUCCCAGUGCCUGCCUGGGCCUUUUGGUGGCCAGGUUUCACCCGUCCCAGAUUACCAGUGUUCUGCGCAGUCAUCUCAGAACUCUCCAGACUGGUUUCCUUUUUUGUGUGUUGAAUCUCCACCUGAAAACAACCCUUAUCUUGGUCUCUUUUACCAAGGAGCCACAAUUGCAUCCAAACCUGGCCCGUCAUUUCAAAGACCUGAUUUGCCGACUCCAGUGCCUGUCAGUGUUCUCAUACAAGGAAGUCCAAUUUUCAAGUUCAAUGAUGAAUUCUUCACAAUUCCCCAGAGGACUCUCAGAGAGUGUGUAAACAGUGCCCCUGUUGCAUUCCUAGAAAAUUUUGAUGUCAAAUGCGUGACUUUGCUUCGCUCUUGUCCAACCGGAGUUCCCUUACAGACAUCACAAACAGAUUUGAGCGUUAAAUUGAGGAAUGGGGAAGGGGGUGAUGUUGUGGUGGAAGUGAUCACUGAAGUGGCCACCGACUUGUCGUCCUUCAUAGAUGAAAGCAAUUCCUCCUCCUCUUCUGAUCAAAAAAUGGUGUGUGAAAAUGUCACCUUAGUUCUGGAUUACAAAUUUUACUGGGAAGAAAACACUAUCACAGGCGUGACAGUGAGACGCACUGUGGGGACCGUCGCUUUCAGCGGGAAUGUGACGUUAACUACAAGGUAUGCUGCUGUGUUCCUGAAUGGAGAAUUCAUUGGUGAGCCCAACUCAGGGAAUCCAGGCUAUCAGGUGGAAAGGCCUGUUAUCGCUGGAAUAAUUAACACCUCGGACAACAACACGGGAUUAAUGGAGAGAACGUCAGUCAAUUUUUGGAAGCCAGUCAGUGAUGGGCUUUGUUCCACUGCGGAGAAGAAACAGAUUCUGUUUGGGGUAAAUUCAACAUCAGGAUGCCUGCUGCCUGUCAGUCAACAUAAUCUGACACAGUGUGCUCUGUUAAGAGAGAAUGUGGCUACUCUUCAAACAGCUUUGAUUACAGCUGAGUAUGUGGCAAAGACUGGAAACCCAGAUUAUCUAACUAUAGCAGACUGGGUCAAUAUAACAUUUGACACCCUGAACUCAAGCACAGUGUUUGAGGAGACGUCAGGUACCUGUGACGGUAUUCCAUCCCACCAGCACAUCCAGGUUUGGAGCGUUAUCACCAGCAUGGCAGAGGGCAUACCCCAGAGGGAAAUUCAUGGUGUACAAGUCAGUUACGGCCUGUCCACCUGGACUCUGGACUGUGGGGGCGGGGAUGUCUCUGUGUGUAGCGAUCCAGGGGAAACUUGGCUGUUUUCCAUCACAUCCUCAGUCACUUUUAUUGACAUUCCCAUCAACACCAGACCACCGAAAACCAGGUUUCAGAUCAACUACACGGAAUAUGACUGUAACAGGAACGAUGUGUGCUGGCCUGAGCUGGCUUUUCCCAUCACCAAGUAUUACACAGGUGAACCUUAUUCUCUGGCGCUAGCUAAAGGAAUGAUUUUGGUUUUCUUUUUCAUCACGGCCUCGAUCCUGGGAACUCCAUGGAGACAAAUCCGACAGGCAUGGCACGGUGCUGCCAUGUAAAUGUUAAGAAAAUUUAGAAGAAGACACUCUUAAAAUUCAAAACAUUGACUGGAAGUGUUGUACAGGGUUUUUUUUUUAA